AUGGAUCGUCGACAGCACCAUUCUCACGUUCCAAAGUUUGGCAAUUGGGACAGUGACAACGUUCCAUACAGUGCAUAUUUUGAGAAUGCGCGCAAAGAAAAAUCUGGGACCAUAAUGAAUCCGAAUGAUCCAAUGGAAAAUCCAGAGGCCUUCAAUACAUGCAUGAGAGUUGACCAAAAUGUUGAUGCUGAUGAAGUGAAGGCUUAUCAUACCAACUCACACAACGAAAGUUCUAUUUUAAAGGGAAGCCACGAGGUAAUGGGAAACCAUACUCGACGCUAUUCACACCACAGGAGGAGCAGGGAAAGUCUAGGUAGCUUCACAGCAGAGUUUAGCCAUUCUGAUUACUCUGUCAUCGGUAUAGGUCCACAAUCAGAUUACAAGAGGAACAUGUCCAAAGGAGGUAGUGGCAUUAAUAGCUUCUCUUCAUCAAGUCAUAAUAGACACAGAAGUGGAAGCCAUUCCUUUAAUGACCAUGCGAACCAUCAAGCAACAGCAAUACCCAAAUUUGGUACUUGGGAUGUCACAGACCCCAAAUCAGGAGAGGGUUAUACUGCUAUAUUCAGCAAAAUAAAAGAAGAAAAGCAAAUUGCGUCUACCAGCAUAAGUACUCCACCACUUGACAACUAUUCAAAUGUUAAGACUCGAUCUGAUGGACCUUACUCCAGGUUAUCUAAGAGCUCUGGUAUUUGCUUCAUUUAUCAUUGUUGUUCUUGCUUCUUGUUUGCCAUGACGAAUCAAAAUCCUCUUCUUGAGUUCUUGACAAACCAUUCUCAUUUGUUCUUUUUACAUCCUAACGAGAGUCCAUCUCAAGUGCUUGUUACUCCUCUACAUAAUGGAAACAAUUAUCAUGUUUGGGAUCGUGCCAUGACUAUGACUUUAAGAUCCAAGAAUAAGCUUGGAUAUAUCAAUGGAAAUCUUGCUCCUCCACCUGAAGAAGAUCCUAUGUUUGAGGCUUGGGAUCGAUGUAACACAAUGGUUGGGAGAUGGAUCCAUUGA